AUGCCGAAAUGCUUAUUACUUUUAGUUACAUUAUUGUUAUUAAUUUUCCAUAAUGAAUUUUUUAUGAAAUCAAAAAUUAUUAUUAAUAGUAAGAGAAAUUAUGCUAUAGGUAAAUUUAAAAAAAAAUUUUUUUUUGAUGCACAGGAAAAAAUUAAAUUAUCUGAAUUAAUAAACAAAUUUCCAUAUAGAAAAAAGGAUAAACAUAUAAUUAAGUUUAAAAAAAUAUUGAAAUAUUCUUUUAUAAAUUCUUUUAAUAUAAGACAUUUAAAUAUGAAUAAAAAUUUGGAAAAAAAAAUAGUUAACAUGAUAAAAAAAAAAAACAACAAAUGCUUAAUUAAAAUAGGAGUAUGCUUUAAGUUAGAUUAUAAGAAUCAGUUUCUUAGUAGCUAUGAUUUAUGUAAAGAAAAAUUCUAUAUUUUUUUAAAAAAAUUAAAAUCAAAAACAGAUUAUUAUAUGUUAAUGACUAAAAAGUAUAUAGAGAAAAACAACAUGAUAAAUUUCUUAUGGAUAUGUAAAAAUAUAUUAUGGAAAAAGGAGAUAUUUUUUUUAACCCUAUUUGUUAUGGUUAAUAGCGCUAUUAUUAGUAUAAUUAUUCCUAAAUUUGAUAAUUUAAUAUUUAGUGAAUUAACAAAUAGAAAAUUAGAUAAUUUUUAUUAUUUAUUAUGCAACUGUAUUUUUUUUCGUGUUAUUAAUAUAUCUUUAUGUAGCUUAAGAAAUUAUAUAUUUAUGAUUACAAGUGCAGAUUGUUUAAAAAAAGUAAAAAGCAUAUUAUUUCAAAUUUAUUUGAAUAAAGAAUAUGAAUAUUACGAUAAGGUUAAUCAUAACAUAGUUAUAAAUAAAUUAACGUUAGAAUCACAUGAUUUCUCAGAUAUUAUACCAUAUUAUAUUAAUCCAUUUAUAAGAAACUUCUUUUCUAUUAUUUUUAAUUUUUCUUAUAUAUUUUAUUUAAAUAAAAAACUAUCUACUGUUAUUCUUUGCUGUUUUUUGUUUUCUUCAUUUUUGACAAUGAUUUCUUCUAAAUUGAAAAAAAAAAGGAUAAAAUCAAUAAAUAAACAGAAAGCACAUAAUACUAAAGUAUCACUGGAGGCAUUAAAUAAUAUGAAUAUCGUUAAACUAUAUAGUACUGAAAUACAUGAAUACAGUAAAUAUUCAAAUUCAUUAAAUCGUAUUUUAAAUUUGCAAAUAAAAAAAGAACAAUUUAAUUUAUUCUAUAUGAUACUUAAUAAACUUUUUGUGACUAUUACAUAUAUAUUAAUUAUUUUGCAAGGAGAUAUUUUAUUAAAGAAUAAUCAGAUAGAUAAAAAAACAUUCACAUCUUUUUUCUUUUACAUUAAUAAUAUUUAUUCUUAUAUAUACAUAUUAGAUUAUUAUAUUGAUAUUCACGAUAUAGUAGAUCAAUAUCAUCACAUUAUUAAAUUAAUUAAAAAAUAUGUAAUAAGAAAUAGAGAUAAGCUAAAGUUUAAUGAUCAUACAAGAGAAAUGGACAUAACAAAUAAGCUAAAUAUAGAAGAGAUAGAAAUGAAUAAAAAAGAAGAUAUAAAAAAAGAAAAUAGAAUGCAUAGUAAAACAAAUGAAAUAGAUAAAAUAGAUAAAAAUAAUGAGUCAGAAUUAAAAAAUAACGAUAAAAGUGAAAUCUCUAAUUUAAAAUCAUUUAAAAAGGAAAAAAAUAUAGAAAAUUCAUUAUAUUUUAAGGAUAUCAAAAAUAAGGAAAAUGAUGUUAUUCUUUCAUUUAAAAAUGUUUUUUUUAAAUACUCAAAUAAUCCUUCUAGUUACGUGUUAAAAAAUAUAAAUAUGAAAAUUUAUAAGAACACAAAUAAUAUAAUAAUAGGAAAAAGUGGAGGUGGUAAAUCAACAAUUUUAAAAUUAAUUUUAAAUUUAUAUAAAUGUACAAAAGGAAAAAUAUAUUUAUAUAAUAAAUUAUUAAAUAGUUAUUCAAGUCGUGAGAUUUUUGAGAAAAUAACAUAUGUUGAGCAAAAUUCCAAGUUGUUAAAAGCAACUAUAAAAGAAAAUUUAAUAUAUGGAAUGAAUAAUAAGAAUUUUGAUAUGAUAGAUUUAAUUAAUGUAUCAAGAUGUUGUACUAGUCAUGAAUUUAUAAGUAGAUUAAGAAAAAGAUAUGAAACAGUAGUUUCUAACAAAACUGAAUUGUUAUCUUCAUCUCAAAAGCAAAAAAUAUGUAUCGCAAGAGCAUUAGUUAGAUAUCCUAAGAUAUUACUGCUGGACGAAUCAACAUCAUCUCUUGGGAAAGAUAAUGAGAGAACAAUUUUUGAAAAUAUAAAAAAAAAUUCAACUUUCAAAAAUUUAACAAUAAUUCAUAUAACACAUAAAAAAGCUAAUUUAGAUUUAUGUGACAAUAUUUUUAUUCUUAAGGAUGGUUAUUUAACGAGACAAAAAAAUUUUUAA